AUGAAAUUCACUGGAAUGGAAACUAAGUUUGUUGAAGAGAAGCAGGUAUCCUGUUUUUCUUUGCUUGCCAAGAAUCCGGGGCCAUCAAAAGAUACAAAGAAUGAAGGAUCAGAUAGCCACCUCGGGGUCCUUACCAUUCCCUGGGGAUCUGAAUCUCACUCAGAGGACCUUUGCUCUAUUCCAAGUAUACCAAAGCAAAAUGAAUCAUCCUCAACAUACGUCCAGAUGCCUGGUUACCUGAGUAUUACUAAUGAGCCUAAAAGCCAACAAUUCUUUAGAGAUUCACUAUAUCCUACUUCAGAUAAAGCUGAAGAUUAUCUUUUCCCUCUCAAGAUAUGCCCUUCAUUACAUCUUCCAAGUGAGAGAUCUGAUGGUAAACCAGAAAUUGUUCCUGAAAUAUAUGUCAUUAAACAGAAACCCAGCACAAUCAUUUUUUCCAACAAUGAAUGUUUAACCCCUGCCAUUGACAGUGAACUCCACAUCUGUGGCAUCAUUGAUACAGAAGCUUCUUCAUAUGAAUCUGUGGAGGAAGUAGAGGAGGGGGAAGAUGAAGCUUUCCCACAGCUGCCACUCUAUGAGGAAUUUUUUAAAGACAUUCAAACAAGAGAAGUCCCUGAUGGCACACAAAAAGCACUUGGAUUUAUGGAGGAAGAACAUGCCUUUAAUGAAGGUAGUUCCUGUGAGCAUUUGUGGAGAGAAUCAAACAAGGAGGAAAACAAAGAAAAAGCAAUGAACAAAGUGAUACAACCCAAGGGCUCAGAGUGGUCAGACUCUAUGGCCUGUGUCAUGAAGAAGUUAGAGCAACUAAAUUUAGAUAUUGAAGAAGCUCUCAGUGCUGGCUCUUCCCCUUCUCAUACUCCUUCUUUCAAGAGGCGAAAAGAUCAGAGUUCAAAAAAACUGGAAAAUGUCCUUAAUAGAGAUCAUCAGAGCGAGGGAAUUUAUAGAAAUAAAGAGGAAAGUAUCCAGGAUUUAGAUUUCAUGCCAAACCCAAUGCCAACUGGAGCAAGACCAAAGAUGAAAGUGCUGCCUGACAAACAGGUCAAGGAGAGAGCUGGGUGGCCCCAGGAGUGGCAGGAGCGCACCCUAGAAGAAAUUGAAGCAAAAGAAGCGUGUGACUGGUUACGAGCUGCUGGAUUCCCACAAUAUGCUCAACUCUAUGAGGAUUCACAGUUUCCCAUCAACAUUGCAGCUGUAAAGAAAGAUCAUGAUUUUCUUGAAAAGGACCUGGUAGAACCUCUUUGCAGACGACUCAACACAUUGAACAAGUGCGCCUCAAUGAAACUUGAUGUGAACUUACAAAGGAAAAAGAGUGAUGACUCAGAUGAAGAAGAUCUAUGUAUCAGUAACAAAUGGACUUUUCAAAGGACGAGCAGGAGAUGGUCUCGAGUGGACGACAUCCACACGUUGUUCCCCCAGGCCAACAGGCAUGGAUCAUCCGGGGACAUCAGAAUGAAAACCACGACAAGCAGUGAGAGUGUCCUCACUGACCUGAGUGAACCUGAGGUCUCUUCCAUCCACAGCGAAAGCAGCGGAGGGAGUGACAACAGGAGCCAGACUGGCAUUAACAGUACUAGCCGAGAGGCAUUCGACUGUUCAGGACAGUACUGUGGGGAGACCCCAGUCAUGCUGGACUCCACUUUAGUCAGCAGCAGCUUCUUACAGAACUCCAAAGACAUUGCCAAUUAUACUUUUCACCCAAAGAAUGAGAAACCAACACGAACUAGAGCCAAAUCUUUCUUAAAACGCAUGGAGACCCUAAGACCUAGAGGGACUCCUGGCAAAAUAAAAGGAUCAGUAAGGACAGGUGGCUUGGUAAUAAGUGGACCUGUUCUCCAGCAGGAGCCAGAAUCUCUAAAGACCAUGCACUGUGUGCCAUUAGCAAAUGGGGAUUUCUCAAAUAUUCCCCAAGAAUCAGUCAAGAAAGGACUUCCAUUUUCUGCCAAGUCCAGCAGCGACAGCAGUCAAUCAGAAAAUAGCAGUAGUGGUGUGAGUACCCCCUGCUUGAAGGAUCGCAAGUGCCAUGAAGCCAACAAACGAGGGGGGAUGUACCUGGAAGACCUAGAUGUUCUGACAGGAACAGAACUGCAGGAAGUCAUAGACCAAAACCAUAAAAAUGAUUUCCACUCCCAGGAGAACCUGGUGGUCCAUAUCCCCAAAGACCACAAACCAGGGACUUUCCCCAAGGCACUUUCUAUCGAAAGCCUCUCACCGACAGAUAAUAGCAAUGGGGUGAACUGGAGGACGGGCAGCAUCUCUCUGGGCAGGCAGCAGUGCUCUAGUACAAAAGAACCGAGGCUUAUGGCUUCUUGUCACAGAGAGAGUAGAGUUAGUAUUUAUGACAAUGUCCCUGGAUCACACUUGUAUGCCAGCACUGGAGAUCUUUUGGACUUAGAGAAAGAUGACCUCUUCCCCCAUUUAGAUGACAUUCUGCAACAUGUUAAUGGACUCCAAGAGGUAGUGGACCACUGGUCGAAGAAUGUCUUACCUGAACUUCAAACAGAUGAUGCAUUAGUUGGGGAACCUGGCUUGUCACCCUUUCCAUCAUCUCCCAACCAGAUUACAUUAGAUUUUGAAGGGAACUCUGUUUCUGAUGGUCGUACAACACCUAGUGAUAUGGAAAGGGAUGGGACCUCCCUUAAUGACUCGGAAGCAACUGGAGUCAGAGAAAGGAGGGAUUCUGGUGUUGGAGCAUCACUCACCAGGCCUAACAGGAGGUUACGAUGGAAUAGUUUCCAGAUCUCCCAUCAGCCAACUCACUCCAUAACAUCUCCACAAAUCAGUAAUCAGACAGCUGGCCAGUUGAAUCUCCUCCAGCGAUUCUCGCUCCUUCGCCUCACUGCCAUCAUGGAGAAGUAUUCCAUGUCAAAUAAACAUGGCUGGACAUGGUCAGUGCCAAAGUUCAUGAAGAGGAUGAAAGUCCCUGACUAUAAAGACAAGAAUGUCUUUGGUGUUCCACUGAUCGUUCAUGUCCAGAGAACAGGACAGCCUCUGCCUCAGAGCAUUCAGCAAGCCCUGAGAUAUCUGCGUAGCAACUGCCUCGAUCAGGUGGGUCUGUUUCGGAAGUCAGGAGUAAAGUCUCGAAUCCAAGCUUUGCGGCAAAUGAAUGAAACCUUCCCUGAGAAUGUCAGCUAUGAGGACCAGUCUGCUUAUGAUGUAGCUGAUAUGGUCAAACAAUUCUUUCGGGACAUGCCAGAGCCACUCUUUACAAGCAAGCUAGGAGAAACUUUCCUCCACAUCUAUCAGUAUGUUCCUAAAGAUCAGCGUCUCCAGGCAGUACAGGCUGCCAUCAUGCUGUUGGCAGAUGAAAACAGAGAAGUUCUACAGACUCUGUUGUGUUUCCUGAAUGAUGUUGUCAAUUUGGUGGAAGAAAAUCAGAUGACACCCAUGAACCUGGCUGUGUGUCUGGCCCCUUCUCUUUUCCAUCUUAAUUUAUUAAAGAAAGAAAGUUCCCCAAGAGUGAUACAGAAGAAAUAUGCUACAGGCAAGCCAGAUCAAAAGGACCUCAAUGAGAAUCUGGCAGCCACUCAGGGACUUGCCCACAUGAUAAUAGAAUGUGACAAACUUUUUGAGGUCCCUCAUGAUAUGGUAGCUCAAUCUCGUAAUUCUUACAUGGAAGCUGAAAUCCAUUCUCCAACACUGGAAGACCUGGGAAAACAGCUGGAAGAGAAUGGAGGAAAUUUUCACUUGUACCUGGAACAUCUCAUCCAGGGGCUACAGAAAGAAGCAAAAGAAAAGUUCAAAGGAUGGGUCACUUGUUCAAGUGCAGAUAGUACAGACCUCGCUUUCAAAAAGGUUGGAGAUGGAAAUCCACUGAGGCUCUGGAAGGCUUCCGUGGAAGUAGAAGCUCCCCCCUCAGUGGUGUUGAACCGAGUGCUGAGAGAGCGUCAUCUUUGGGAUGAGGAUUUUGUGCAAUGGAAGAUUGUGGAGACGUUGGACAAACAGACAGAAAUCUAUCAAUAUGUUUUAAACAGCAUGGCUCCCCAUCCUUCUAGAGACUUUGUGGUUCUGAGGACUUGGAAGACUGAUUUGCCAAAGGGAAUGUGCACCCUGGUGUCUAUCUCUGUGGAGCAUGAAGAAGCCCACUUGAUGGGUGGCGUGCGAGCUGUUGUGAUGGAUUCUCAAUAUCUUAUAGAACCUUGUGGCUCCGGCAAGUCCAGGCUGACACACAUCUGCAGGAUUGACCUCAAAGGUCACUCCCCAGAGUGGUACAACAAAGGUUUUGGACAUCUUUGUGCAGCUGAAGUAGCCAGAAUAAGAAACUCUUUUCAGCCUAUUAUUGCCGAGGGUCCUGAAACUAAAAUCUGAACUGGUUGAGCAAAGAAGAGGAAACAGAAAGACCUUCUCAAAGUGAGAGAAAAAGAGAGAGAGAGAUUUGGGAAGCGUUUGACAUGGAAAAACUGAAGGGUGGCCUGAAAGCGCCGGAGGGCAGAGACGUCUGCAAGUCAUCUUUUGAAGAUGUCCUUGUCACUAAUAUGAUAUUCUUUUAUCAGAGCUUUUUAUCUCUGUUACUUAAAAUUAAAUAGAUUAUUAUCUGUGCAUUGGCUAAUUUUUGCUAUUUAAGCGCUUCUACGAAGCAUAUUUUAAAUUGUAAAUAAACUUCUGUGUAGAAUAUGUACAUAUUUGUGUAUAUCUCUAU